GGAAAUCCGGUGCUGGCCCCGUCAGUUCCGGGUGUUUUGGUCUUGCGUUACUCGGUCCGUGCAGUUCCCCAGACGACACCCGGGCGUCGCCGCCAACCCCAGGCAAAACGCACUUCGGGGAUCCCGUCGUCCUCGGCUCUCGUCUCUGGCGCGGUGGCCUGUCCUGCUUCCCCACCGAGCUUAACGUGCUCUGCACAGGGCCGCGUGCCGCUCAUGGCGGGGGCCGCUCUGCCCACCGCCUUUGGGCAGGCGGUGAUCGGCCCGCCAGGCUCGGGGAAAACCACGUACUGCCUGGGCAUGAGUGAGUUCCUGCGCGCGCUGGGCCGGCGCGUGGCUGUGGUAAACCUGGACCCAGCCAACGAGGGUCUGCCGUAUGAGUGCGCGGUGGACGUGGGCGAGCUGGUGGGGCUGGGCGACGUGAUGGACGCGAUGAGGCUGGGGCCCAACGGCGGCCUGCUCUACUGCAUGGAGUACCUGGAGGCCAAUCUGGACUGGCUGCGUGCCAAGCUCGACCCCUUCCGUGGCCACUACUUCCUCUUCGACUGCCCAGGCCAGGUGGAGCUGUGCACGCAUCAUGGCGCCCUGCGCAGCAUCUUCUCCCAGAUGGCACAGUGGGACCUCAGGCUGACUGCUGUCCACCUGGUGGAUUCCCACUACUGCACAGACCCAGCCAAGUUCAUUUCAGUACUGUGUACCUCCCUGGCCACCAUGCUGCACGUGGAGCUGCCCCAUGUCAACCUCCUCUCCAAAAUGGACCUCAUUGAGCACUAUGGGAAGCUGGCCUUCAACCUGGACUAUUACACAGAGGUCCUGGACCUUUCCUACCUGCUUGACCACUUGGCUUCUGACCCUUUCUUCCGUCACUAUCGUCAGCUCAAUGAGAAGCUGGUGCAGCUCAUCGAAGAUUAUAGCCUGGUCUCCUUCAUCCCUCUCAACAUCCAGGAUAAGGAGAGUGUCCAGCGGGUCCUGCAGGCUGUGGAUAAAGCCAAUGGCUACUGCUUUGGGGUCCAAGAGCAGCGAAGCUUGGAGGCCAUGAUGUCUGCCGCGGUGGGGGCUGACUUCUGUUUCUCCUCAAGAAAAGUCACAAACAUUUACUGAGCACCCACUGUCUGCUUUGAUCCUCACAGUGACUGUACAGAUGAGAAGAAGAGAGUGGCCAAGUCAGGAUUUAAACCUCUGUGGUCUGGCUGCAGAGCACGUGCCAUUACAUGGAGCUGGAGGGGUGGUGCUCUCUUGUCCUUUCAUGCUUAGCAGUGUGGGGAAGAGGCAGCUGGGAGCAUUUGGGUCUGGGUGCUUUGAGGGCUUUUCAGACCCAAUUGGGCCCUGUUGCCUGAAGCUAUAACUAUGGGGAAGGGAGAAGGGGAGGAAUAUGACAGACGUGAUUGGAGGGUAGGCAUUAGUAGAGAUCAGAUCCUGCCCAGACUAGUUCCCCAUCUUGCCUGUGCUGUCAGCCUUGACAUGCCCUCCCUCAGCACCCUGGGCAUCCAGGAGAAGUACUUGGCAGCCUCAGACCAGUCAGUGGAGCAGGAAGCCAUGCACCUAUAGCAACAAGCUGGCCUCUGGAGAACGGGACACCUAACCCAGCACCCGGGGAAGUGGCAACUCCCAGUGAGUGGUGGACAACUCAGCAGGCUACAGAUCCAGCAGCAGUCCUCCCAGCUCUGACUGGUGAGGGCCAUUCAGCCCUGCAGAGGACCUCUGACCAAAACCCAGACAUGACAUGGAGCAGAGCACCCGUUGCACCCUCGGUGCUCAUGAGCUCUGGUUACUGCUGCCAGGAAUUCAGCCCUGGCCCCUCGGACUGUGAUGGAAUGUGCUACAAUACAAGAGUUUAUUUUCUA